UAUGAAUACGUCACACGGAAAAAUUAUUAAGUUAUGACUAAGUUAAGUCUAACUACCUACUUAGUUUUUGUGCGUUCCAUAUAUACUAGUAUAUAAAGCCGUAUGGACGGAGACUGCUAAUCAGUAACGAACUUUAAAUCGGUGAUCACACAUCUUACGCAGAAAAUUACAAUGAAGGUCAUAGUCUGCCUUUUCGCCUUAAUCGCGAUCGCUCUCGCUCGUCCGGAUGAGAAGUACACUAACCGUUACGACAAUGUCGAUCUGGAUGAAAUUCUCGGCAACAAACGUAUUCUAGGCAACUACUACAAAUGUAUCAUGGACCAAGGAAAGUGCUCUCCCGAUGGCACUGAACUCAAAUCACACAUGCAAGAAGCCCUCGAAAACGAAUGCGCCAAGUGCACAGACGCGCAGAAGAAUGGCACAGAGAAGGUGAUCGGUCAUCUCAUUAACAAAGAGCCGGAACUUUGGGACCAACUCACCGCCAAGUUCGAUCCUGAAAACAAGUAUAGGGUAAAAUACGAGGAGCGUUUGAAAACUUUAUCUCACUGAUUAAAAUAAUGAGUCCUUUGAAAUAUGAACUUAUUUUUUUGUUAAUCAUUGCUAUCUUUUACGGAUGAAUAAAGAAAUUAUUUAAAUUUA